UUGAGUAAGUAAUUUUAAGUCUUCUUGAAAACGGUAAUAUUAUUAUUUAUAUUCAAUUACUUUUUAUUUCUGACAGUAAUUUAUUGUUAUUGGUGAAAGUAAACUUUUAAGUCCAAAUUCCUUAAUUCAAAGGCAUAGGUAGCAUUUUUAAAUCGUAAAAAUUCUUGAACUAUUUACAUGCAGUGAAAAUUUGAAGUUAAGCUUUUUUUUAUACUGACAUCAAAAAAGCUACGAAAGUAUGAGAAUUAGUCUCCAUUUUCAAAUAACAUGUGAAAAUGCAGUUUUUACGAUUUAUUGAAAGCUAAAAUACAAUGAGCGUUUCGUUUAAUGAAAACUGCAAUCUAUUUAAAAAAAGUGAUAAAACUGGAGAUGAAGCCAAAACUACAAUUCUGAGUUCUUUUAAAAAUAAUACAGCUCACGAUCAUAAAGAGAUCUGUUCAACAGAUAUUAAGAUUCCUUCUCUCAAGGCUUUAUGCAUGGCUUCCAAUUUGAAUAAUGAAAAUUUUGAUUACACUGGCAUUAAAACGACUUUGAAAGAUAUAUCUUGGCAAGCUUUUGACUCAGUUAAGUCUACAGGACACUUGCUUACUAAUUUUUCCCAUUCUGUUACACACACUUUCAAUAAGUUUAAAAUGAUGUUACCAAGUUUAACAAAUCAAACUUUGCUAAAUUCAUCAUCAACAGCAGAAAUCAUCGCUGACAACGCCGAAUUUAAAAGUCAUUUUCAGUCUCCUUGGCUUGACACUAAUGACGCAGAAGAUAUAAAACAACAGAUUUUAUCUUUGUCUUCAGAUAGAAAAAAUUUCUUGAGAAAUCCACCUCCUGGUGUAUUCGAAUUUGAUCUGAAUGAAAUGCUCCCUAUAGCAGAAUUUCUCUUGAAAGAAGAUAAAAAUUUAGCUAAAAUGCGUUUUGAAAUUGUUCCAAAAUUAAUAAAAGAAGAAACUUUUUGGAGGAAUUAUUUUUAUCGAGUGUCUCUAGUUCAGCGUGCUUCAAGACUUCAAAACGGUUGCAACCAAAAUUUCGGAAAGAAAACUGUUUGUAAUAUGAAUUCUGAUGAAAAUUGCUAUAUAUUCCUUUGCAAAAAUGAAAUGGCUGCACAUGAUACGAAGCAAAAGUCUGUUUCAGAUGAAACAGAUAAGAAUAAAAUUGAGAGUGUUGAAAAUGUUAAUGAUAAUUUACCAAAAGUGAAGGAAUUAACUGAAACGGAAAAACAAGAUAAUUUAGAAAUCUUAAUUGAAGAAGCUCUUCAAGAAUGCGAAAUAAAUGCAGAAGGAAGUAACGACGUUGAAUGGGAAAAUGAAAUACAGCAAUUAAUUGAGGAAAUAAAAUAUUAAGCUAAACUUCAUUACUUCUCCACAAAAAUUACUUUUAGGCUCCGAAAUGUUUUUCCAUAUGUAUAGUAUUAGCUGUUAUCCUAAUAAAAGACUGCUAU